UCCUCCUCCUCCUCCCCCUCCGUCCUCCCCCCUACCUUCCUCCACCCCUCCCCUUCUCCCUCCUCCUCCUCCUCCACCUCCUUCAGCUCAGGUUGCAGCUUCUCUGGGGAGCCACUCACCUUUCGGGAACAGGGCAAGCAGCUCCGAGCCGGGCGAGGACCCCGGCGGGGCGCAGGGCACAGCGCCCGGCACCACAGCCUCUGGACGCGCCUGGCCCCUGCUGCCUGGUCCCUGCUGAUCAUGAAUAAGAUGAAGAACUUUAAGCGCCGCUUCUCCCUGUCUGUGCCCCGCACCGAGACCAUCGAGGAGUCCUUGACUGAGUUCACAGAGCAGUUCACCCAGCUGCACAACCAGCGCAAUGAGGACCUGCAGCUCGGUCCUCUUGGCAGAGACCCCCCGCCAGACUCCAGCACCUUCUCCCCAGCAGACAGCGGGGAAGAGCCCGGGCAGCCGUCCCCCGGCAUACAGUGCCGGCGGCAGAACCAGCGCCGCUUCUCCAUGGAGGACAUCAGUAAGAGGCUCUCUUUGCCCAUGGACAUCCGCUUGCCCCAGGAAUUCCUGCAGAAGCUACAGCUGGAGAGCCCAGACCUGCCCAAACCGCUCAGCCGCAGGUCCCGCCGAGCAUCCCUGUCAGAUAUCGGCUUUGGGAAACUAGAAACAUAUGUGAAACUGGACAAACUGGGGGAGGGCACCUACGCCACCGUCUUCAAAGGGCGCAGCAAGCUGACGGAGAACCUCGUGGCCCUAAAGGAGAUCCGGCUGGAGCACGAGGAGGGGGCGCCCUGCACAGCCAUCCGUGAGGUGUCUCUACUGAAGAACCUGAAGCAUGCCAAUAUUGUCACCCUGCAUGACCUCAUCCACACGGAGCGGUCCCUCACCCUGGUGUUUGAGUACCUGGACAGUGACCUGAAGCAGUAUCUGGACCACUGCGGAAACCUCAUGAGUAUGCACAAUGUCAAGAUUUUCAUGUUCCAGCUGCUCCGGGGCCUUGCCUACUGCCACCGCCGCAAGAUCCUGCACCGGGACCUGAAGCCCCAGAACCUGCUCAUCAACGAGAGGGGCGAGCUGAAGCUGGCUGACUUCGGGCUGGCCAGGGCCAAGUCAGUGCCCACGAAGACCUACUCCAAUGAGGUGGUGACCCUGUGGUACAGGCCCCCCGACGUGCUGCUGGGGUCCACAGAGUACUCCACCCCCAUUGACAUGUGGGGCGUGGGCUGCAUUCACUACGAGAUGGCCACAGGGAGGCCCCUCUUCCCCGGCUCCACAGUCAAGGAGGAGCUGCACCUCAUCUUUCGACUCCUCGGGACCCCUGUAGAAGAGACGUGGCCUGGCGUGAUGGCCCUGUCUGAGUUCCGUGCCUAUAACUUCCCUCGGUACCUCCCCCAGCCGCUCAUCAGCCACGCUCCCAGGUUGGACUCUGAUGGCAUCAACCUCCUGACCAGCCUUCUCCUGUAUGAAUCGAAGAGUCGCAUAUCAGCAGAGGCAGCGCUGAACCACCCCUACUUCCGGUCUCUGGGAGAGCGGGUGCACCAGCUCGAAGACACUGCCUCCAUCUUCUCCCUGAAGGAGAUCCAGCUCCAGAAGGACCCAGGCUGCCGGGGCCUGGCCUUUCAGCAGCCAGGUCGAGGGAAGAACCGGCGACAGAGCAUCUUCUGAGCUGUGCCCACCCGACUGUGGCUCUUGGGAUGAGAGGUCGCACUGACCACAACUGCAGGCAGGAGGGGGCUUCUGCGGCCCUCGGAGGACAGAGAAACGAGGGCUAAGGCUGGCCCAGAAGACGUCUUGCAGCUCUGCUGGCCACAGCUGGGUCCUGACCCUGCUUCCCACAUGUCUCCCCAGUGGCCUUUGCCUGGACACCAACCCCUCCAUCACCUGCCCUGAGGGGAGGUGAGAUGGAAGGGAGGGACCUUGGACUCCUUCCCACCCCGAAGUCCCCGGGCAUCCACAUGGGACCCACAGGGACAGGAGAAUCCAGCUGCAGGGCCAAGCAAUGUGCCCUGGACAUGGGCACCCCCACGCCUCUCCCAGAGGCCCACCUGUCUCACCAGUUUGGUGGAGCCCCUUACGGGAACCUUGGAGCCCACACACCUUUCACCUUCUUCCCCUCUGAGAGCAGGAAGCAGUGUGGCACCUUUUCCAGGACCCUGGAAUCCUUGGUACCAGUGUGUGUGCCAAAGCCCACCCCCCACCUGAGGAGCGGGUGUCCCUGUAGCAGCAGGGGAACAGCAGCCCGUCCCCACUCCCAGUCAUCACCCCACCCUGUCCACAUUCCCCCUGCUUGCCGGAGUCCCCCAUGUUGCGGGACGCCCAGCUGAGUCCGGGGGCGGCCCGGCUGCACUCCUGUGCCUCCGCCGCCCCGCCCGUCUCCCUAGCCUGAAUGGGACUGCCUGAAGGUGGUGGAUGGUGGAGCACUCCCUGCCCUUGGAGCGCUGGCCCAGGCUCCUACCUGUCCACCCCUUCCCGAGAGCAGCUCCUGCUUAUCAUGUCUGAGUGCUGAUAAGCCAGCCCUGGGCCAGGGUCCUGAGAACAGCACCCAGAUAUGCAGGGUCACCCUGACAUUGGUGCCAGCUUGGCCUCAUUUCUUUAGGGCUGGCGCAGCCUCCCCUGCCCCCUCCUUCCCGGCCCGUGUGGCCCUGUCCUUGUCGCACCCAGUCCUGGCACUAGCCUCUCCAAAGGGUGGUCACAAGAAGGCAGGUGUAAAUGCCACGGUGACGUAGAGGACAGUGAGAUGGGACAGGACAGGCUCAGAUCCCGAGAUCCCCACCCCGGGGGGCUGGGAGUGUGAGGGGCCGGGGCUCCUGAAGGAGGCACCCCUCGGCACCCCUUCGGAGCGUGCCUGUUGUGUCCCCAAGGGCGCUUCCACACUCGGCCGUGUCUUGAAUAGCCAGGCCAGGUGGGGCCCAGGCCCAACCUGUCUGUACCGCCCUGGCCCAGGCGCACCCCUCAGCCUGAGGCGCAGCCCUGGAGGGCCUUUGCCUCCCUGGGAGCCCCCCCACCUCUCAUCCAGGGUACUGUGAAUGUCCUGUGACUCAGCCAAAGACAGGUGACAUAUUUAAUUCAUGUACUGAAGGGAGCAGGCAUUCACAUGCAGAAAAGCUGAAUUUGACAGACUGAUGCCAAAGAUGGAGGCCUUCUCCGGGUCUCAGGAUGCGGGUAGGCUUGUGUGUGUGUGUGUGUGUGUGUGUAUAAAGUGCAGAGAGAGUUAGAUUUGUGUGUGUGUCUCUGAACCCACCUGGGCUGUAGGAGGGGUGCCCUCCACCCUCCCUGCUGUGUUUUGGAUGCUGCUUCGUUUAGGACAGGAGGUCAACUCUGGGUGUUGUGGGUGGGCGAGGAGGAGGCCCGCAUCCCGCCUUGGCCCAGGCGGUGCCUGAGGCCAGGACAGUGACGACGGGGUCCGGGGAGGGUCUGCCUUCUGUCUGCUGGAACCAGCCCCUUUCUCCCCCAACCAGGUGGCUCCCUGACUUCUUGGGAGGGAGGAAGAUUCAAGAGGGCUGACAUAGUGGAUGGCCAAGGCCAGGGCAGCAAAACUAGGUCCAAUCCUCACAGUGAUUCUGGGUCGUCUAGACUCCGUGUCCCCGGGGCUGCCCAGACCGCCUCUCACCCCAUGUCUGCCUGCAGCCUCCUCUCACACGCGUCUCCCACAGCCCUCAGCACCCCGCUCUGUCUGCAGCUCAGCGCUCGGAGAAUGUGAGGCUCCCGAGCCACUCCCGACCUCCCUGUUCAGCAGACUCACCUGGGGUGGCUGCUUUCCCGAGGAGGAAGCUAGUACUGAGAGGUGGGUGACAUCUCCCAAGGCCCUGGAAGGAAAGAGCGGACAAGGACUUGAUGCUGGGCCACCAGGUCAGCAGCCUAGGCCUCCUCAUCCUUCUGCAGCCAGCCAGUCUCCACACUGUAUGUAGGACAGUCCGCGCUCCGUGAGAGGGCAGGAGACUGGAUGGGACCCGAUGUUCAUGAAGCUCCGUGCAAUGUACCAGUCCGUGCGCAGAGGCAUCUCCUGAGCCUCACGAUGGUCCCAUUUCUCCCCCCUUUGCAGGUGAGAACAGUGAGGUUCCCAGCCUUAAAAGACUUGUCUGGGGUCAUGUAGCAAAUCGGAACCCCAGGUCUGUCUGCCGUCCCAGCCCUUGGUCUUCAGGGAGGGGUGGGAGUGGAGAAGGGGGAGGUGUAGACAGAGUGGAGUCCCAGGAACCUGGGCAACCAAGGCAGGAUCCGGGGCAGACCCUGCUUUGCUGGAGCACCUUGCAAGACCACCACUGAGACAGAGGCAGUGGCUGCCCGCCAGUUCACAGAGGCCCCUGCCCCUUUAAGAGUCUUCCUUGGGGGCCGCUGAUCUUGCUGUCUCAGCUUCAGGCUCAUGUGGACUGGGGGACUUAAGAAGUAACCUGAGUUUCUGCCCUAGAAGCCUGGGGAGCUCAGCUGGGCAGGCUUACACUAUGCAGUCAGUGCUCAGAAGCCUUCAGUGGGAAAACGAAGGUUUCAGGAAGCUGAAAGGAAGCUGGAGGGGCCUGGCGGCUGGUUACCACCCACCAGGGCAGAGCUGUGAGGGCUGCCAGCGGGCUCUGUAGUGGCCACAUGGCCACAACACAGGGCCUGCGGCCUGGAGCCCUCUGUUUCCUGGGCACCCCACCUCCCGCCACCCCACCAUCACGUCCUGCCUCCUGGUGGCUCUUACAAACGGGCCUGCCCCAUUCAGUGGGAGUCUGGGGCUCAAGUCCCCUUUAGCGAGUCAUUUCCCCCUCUGGCCUCACUUUGCUGUCUGCUUAUAGCACGGGUCAGGAAUGCCCAGGGGCCUGACUGGCCCUUCCCUUCACCUGCCCACUGGCGGGAGCCCUGCAGUGCCUGAGGGAAGGUUCUGUUUGCAAGGGAGGCGGUGGCACCAGAUCGCACGCUGGGUCCUGACCCACAUCAGCUCCCACACAGAUAGGACCUGGGGCCGGCUCUCCUCUGCCCCGCCCUCCUUCCCCACUUCCUGUGGGCUCGCAGUCACCCUGUCCCUACGGUCUGGUCUGAGCCCUGUGAUUGGGGCUGAUGCCCAACUGUUUGCUUUGUCCUGCUAGGCUACCUGGGCCAGCCAAGGGCUGGACACUGUUGCCAGACCUCCUCCCUUCCUUCUCGAAGCAGCUCGGCCCCUUUGGCCCAUCUUUGCCCUGACCCCUGCUUCUAGUCUCGACCCUCCGCAGCACCCCAUGGGCCCCUCUGUCUCCAAAGCAAAUGGUCAGCACCUUGCAUUGGUCACAGCCAGGCCCUGUGCUGGGCAUCAGGACACUACGACGUAUGACUCCACCCUCGCCUCCCAGCAGCAGACCCGCUGGUGGAGAUGGCCUGUCUUACAGCAGACUUCCACCAAGCACGCACUGCGUGCCAGGCACUCUUAGGCCCCAAGAAGGGGGCAGUGAGCAGGACCACCAUGUCUUCACACUCGGAGCUUAGAAAGACUCCACCCAGAUGAGCACACGUCCAUCAAGGGGUCAAGUAUGAUGAAGCAAAACCAAGCCGGGUCAGGGAGACACGAUGGCACAGGGUGAGGGGCUUCUCUGAUAAGUUCGGGGUGAGCCCUGGGGUCCCCCGAGGACAGAGUAUUCGCACAGCCGCGGGCAGAGUGGCAGGCGGGCUGGCUCCUGCCUCACCUGGGGUGGCGGCUCUGCCUGGGAGAUCCAGCAAAGACCCAUCACCCCGAUUUUCUGCUGGCAGGACCAAGCAUCAGUAGUUUUUGAAAAGCUCCCCAGAUCCCCCUGAUGUGUGGCCAGAGUUGAGAAUUCCUCAGGUGGGGUCUUGUGGGACGUGGGAGGGGUUCUGGAUUUCUUUCUGAGAUGGGAAGCCACUGACCUCGGUUUUUCCACACUCGAGAGGUGGACAGAAGCUGUCAGGGCCCAGCUCCAGUGACCUUGUCCCAACUCUCCCCAGACCGGACGGGCGGGGCGGAGGGCAGCUCCAAUGGGACGGCAGAUGCCCUUUGUCCACUGCCUUCUGCGCUCGUCGUCCUUUCCUCCUCUCCCUCCCGCCCUCCGUCUCUCCUUCUACCUGUCCCCCUUUCCCACCGUUGCUGGCUUUUCCUGCCCGCCCCUCCUUCCUCUUCUGGGAGUGGUCCUGGUCACACUGACACCCAGAGAGCAAUCCUCUCACCUGCCCUCUGCCCCGAGGAAGAAGACCACAGCCUCUCCUCGCUGUCUGCCCCAAGCCUCACUCCCCAGAAGAGUUUUCUUGAUGUCCAGCCUUAUCCCCCUCUCCUGCGCACUGGUCCUCGUCCUAGGACGGCAGCACGAGGCAUGGGUGCCGAGGCCGUGGCUGUGUGGCGGGCACGCGGCGCUGCCCUCCCGGGUGCACUCAGCCCUCCUCCUUGCCCGAAGCUUCUGGGCCAGCGCCUCAUCUUCCCAUCUCCUCCUGAACGCCUUUCCUCCCUCAUCACUCGUCUGAGGAGCCCUGACUCCGCACCAGACGGUUCCAGGACCCAAGAUGCACACAGGACAGACUCAGCCCCCUCUCAGGCACUCGGCACCUGGAGUCCCCAGGAUGUGGUCUUCACUUCCUCCUGUGAGGGCGCAGUCACCUGGGGGGCAGGGAGUUGUCCACUGGGCAUUCUCUUAAAAUUUACCAAUUUUUUGAAAAAAGCCUCAGAUACAACAAAAACUCUUCAUGCCAUCCGUAUCUUCCCGGGAGGAGGGACUGGCUGGGCACUGGGUUCCUGGGGAGGAGUCUUGCACAGCCCAGGCUCCAAAGCACACAGACCUAGAUUGAGAUCCCAGCUCUGCUGCCUGAAAGCUGUGUUACCUCCAGCGCGUAACUUAACCUCUCUGUGCCAUGGUCUCCUUUUUAACAUGAUAGCGAUAACACCUUUUUCACAGGAUGGUAAGGAUUCACACCACAGAGCGCUUGGUAAGCGGUAGCAUUCACAUCUCCCUGCACAUGCCCGCCCCCUCCUCCACCACAGACAUUCCAGCUUCGCCAGGGGAGCCAGUCCUGGCACUAAAAUCGGGUCAUACUUUUGCUUGUCUUGCUUUCUUUACCCUUGGUAAGAUCUCCAUUACAAGAACGUAUUAAGUGUAUUCUAACUAAAUGACUCUGUGAGACUUUAAGAAGAGGACCUCUGUCCCGAGUUUUGUCUCUAGAGUUUCACAUGCAGCUGGAGAAGCAGACAUUGGAGGACAGUCGACAGUAAAAAGCAUUGGGUCACAGGUGUCACUCAAAGUGAACCAGUUGCCUUCUGAGAUAGUAAGCCCUCUGUCCCAAGGGACAUCCAAGCAGGGGCUGGGAGACCACUUCAUGGGAACUCUGGGGGCACGCACUGCCACUGGGAAGCCUCACCAGGCUUCAGAGGAAGGGGCCCACUUGAGGUCGGCCUGGUCUGACCAUGUGCCUUGGGUCUCUACUCUGCCAGGAGGGCAGCAAGGUAUGAUGUGCCGGUGAGAAGUGCUGCCCAGAGAAGCCGAGAGAGAUGCGGCUUCUGGGCUGGCAAGCUCCCUCCUCUUGGAUUUCAAGGUGCCUGGGCCUCCUUCCCACUCUGGCUGCUCACUUGGAGGCCAGACCUCCUUGGCCUUUCAAGGCCUGGGUCUGACUAGGGUGUGGGAAUGAACCAACCUGGGAUCCCUAAAGCCGGAGCUGAUGGCAGCGGGGGGGAGGGGGGGCUAUUGUGGGGAAGAGGGGACAGGCCCAGGGGUUCGGCCCAGUUCUGUGUCAUGCCUUGGGCAGAUGCAAGGUCGCCCUCAGCCACCUGUGACCUACACCUCCAGGCAAGUGCUGUACUUGGCAAUGAAGCUGGCUGCUCAGCUUCAUGGUGCCAGAAGAGCGGGGAGGGCUGGGGUCCCUAAGCAAGGGAGGCAGUGCAGUGCAGGGUCGAAACUCAGCGGCCUCAGCAUGAAUCCUGGCUCCACCCCCUCCUAGUUCUGGGGCCUCAUGCCUCAGUUUCCCUUCUCGAAAUGAGGUGACCAUAGAAGUAGUGUGGAGGUGGAGUUAACAUGUGGAAAGCUCCCAGAAUCUUUGGCCACAUAGAAAGCACCACGUAAGCGCUGGCUGCUAUGUCACCUGUCCCCCAGGUAGAAGCAGGCCUCACUCACCGGACAGGGAGAGGGCUGCUCGGGGCCCAGGGGUGGAUGAAAGCCCUCCUGUCUACGGGGGCCACCUGUCCUCCCAACUGCCACCGGACUCCAGAAUGUUCAUGUCUCUUACCCUAACAGACGUAUGUGUUAGACAAAGGACUGUGAGCUGAACAAACAUUAUCUAAGUUUUUUAAAAAUUCAGACAUUAAAAAAAAACUUCUUGGCCCAAACUACUCUGUGAAACACGAAAGAUUCAGAAAUAAUUAAAGAGCGCUCUCCGCACAA